GUACCGUUCGUGUCCUUUGUGACAUUUGCAAUUUGUACGUUGUUCCACCUGUCUACGUAUCAAGAACAAUACGGAAAGACCUGGAACCUGGUGUGAAUGUUUUUCAAUAUUUUUGCAUAAUACUUUUUCGAUGCGAUGUAUUUUUGGUGAAAGCGCACCGAAAAAAAUUUCACCUCCGACUUCCCGCUUGUGAAAAACGUUUUUUUUUUUUUAAUUAAUUAAUAUUCAACAUGACGGAGGACAUGUUAAGCGCGGACAUCUGCAGGGUUUGCAGAUCGGAGGGCCUUGCGGAUCGACCCCUGUUUCAUCCGUGCAUCUGCACGGGCAGCAUCAAGUGGAUACAUCAGGAAUGUCUGGUCCAGUGGAUGCGCUACUCGCGCAAGGAAUAUUGCGAACUGUGCGGCUACAGAUUUUCGUUCACACCUAUAUACAGUCCGGACAUGCCGCGUCGUUUACCUCUCAGAGAUGUUGUAGGCGGUCUGUUCUCCAGCAUUGUCACCGCUGUUAAAUAUUGGUUACAUUAUACACUGGUGGCGGUCGCGUGGCUAGGAAUUGUACCUUUAACCGCACGUCGUACGUACAGGGCUCUUUUUAGCGGUCCUAUCGAUUUAGUUCGCAUAAUGUCUUUGCCAAUGGAUAUGCUCUCCACUGAAAAUAUUUCGUCUGAUAUAUUUCAUGGCUGUUUUGUAGUUACUUGCACCUUGUUUGCAUUUAUUGGUUUGGUAUGGCUGCGAGAGCAGAUUUUACACGCGGGUGGUCCCGACUGGCUCGAGAGAGAUAAUGUACAGUUACCGCCAGUUGACAAUCCGCCACAAGCAAACGCACAACAACAGCAGCAACCUCAAGAACAACAUGCUGUACAGCAAGAAGUUCAGAAUAACAACAAUGUUCCUCCUUUUAUUGAUCCGCCUAUUCUGCAAGAAGGAGAGUUACAUAAUGAAGAUCAACGUCCUAUAUAUCGAGAAGAUAACAACUUGGCCAAUCCACGAAUUGGCGAACCAGAGGAACUGGUGAGAGACAUACCAGUUCCUCCACCACUUCCAAUCAGAGACGAUCUUGAUGCGGAUGGUGUGCAAGCAAAUGCUGGCGAACGUUGGGCAAGAGGACGAGCGGUAGGUGUGCAAGCCCAUAUAGUCGGGCCGGCGCAAGGUGAAGCGGAGGAAGCCAAUUGGAAUCCUAUGGAAUGGGACAGACCUGCCGAAGAACUCACUUGGGAACGUCUCUUAGGUUUAGAUGGAUCUCUUGUCUUUCUUGAACAUGUCUUCUGGGUUGUAUCCCUAAAUACUUUAUUUAUCAUGGUAUUCGCUUUCUGUCCAUAUCACAUCGGUCAUUCUACAAUAGCGGGAUUAGGCUUGCAAGAACACGCGGCAGCGUCGCACUUCGAAGGCCUAGUGACCACGCUGUGUGGUUACUGCGCUAUUGGAUUUUGUUUCGUGAUUCUUCACACUCUCGCCGCGCUGUUCGGCUUACAGCGUUCUCAGAGAAUCCUGGGACUUUGUUACGUGAUCGUCAAGGUUUCCCUGCUCUCCGUUGUGGAAAUCGGUGUACUUCCAUUGAUUUGCGGCUGGUGGCUGGACAUUUGCUCGUUGGCGAUGUUCGACGCCACGCUCAAAGAUAGAGAAGCUUCGUUCAGACACGCACCUGGCACGUCUAUGUUUAUUCACUGGCUGGUCGGGAUGGUCUAUAUAUAUUAUUUUGCGUCGUUCAUACUUCUCCUGCGUGAGGUUCUACGUCCUGGAGUUCUCUGGUUUUUGAGAAAUCUCAACGAUCCCGAUUUCUCUCCCAUACAAGAAAUGAUUCAUCUUCCUAUACUGAGACAUGUGCGACGAUUAGUCGCGUCUGCGAUUAUAUUCGGCACCGCGAUUUUACUGAUGCUUUGGCUACCGGUGAAGAUUCUGAAAUGGGCUUGGCCAGGAUUUUUGCCCUACACUGUGACUGUACAAAGUGAAGCUCAGGUCAGCGAACUCUCGUUGGAACUGCUUCUGUUGCAUGUAAUCCUUCCCGCGUUACUGGAGCAAUCACAUACACGCACAUGGUUGAAAGCACUCGUGAGAGCAUGGUGUCGCGUAGUGGCGUGGAUGUUGGAUCUGCAGUCAUAUCUCGUGCAAGAUCAGGCGGACGAUCCUGGACCGGCAGUUGUCGACGAACCGCCACAUCCGGAUUUAGGUGCCGCGCAUCAGGCACUUCUCGAUAGGCAAGGACCCACGGGAUUUCAACCUUACAUCAGACCGCGGUGGUUUAUCGCUAGACUGAUCGGUCUGUUGUUUUGUGUCUGCGUGUCUCUUGUUGUCGCCAGUCUAAUAGCUAUGACGCUGCCCGUGUGGCUCGGACGUAAAGUAAUGGCGUUAUGGAUGGUUGGUGCGCCCGCCCCAUCGCCGCCCGUGUUGCCGCCCACGUUAACUGGAUCCGAAGGUGGUGAGACUAUGAUGGAUUCUCUUUCCGGACGAGUGCAUGAAGUGUACACGGUAGCGUGCGGAACGUACGUAUGUUGGGCCGCGGCACGAGGUUUGGCGCUGGCAUUCUCCUGGUUACCUCGCGGUCGAAGAGCCAUCAUAGAUCGGAUCAAACACUGGACGAUUCUCGGCAUGAAAGCUUCCGUGGCAUUCGUUUUACUUAUAGGAGUUAUACCGCUUCUGUUUGGUCUUCUUCUUGAGUUGGUGGUGGUAGUUCCGUUGCGCGUCCCACUUGAGCAAAAUCCUAUUUUAUUCAUCUGGCAAGAUUGGGCUUUAGGAGUAUUGUACACGAAGAUAGCCACUGCUGUGACCAUGAUGGGACCCGAGUGGCGGCUGCGUCUUGCCAUCGAACGCGUAUACAAUGGCGGAAUAAGGGAAAUGGAUUUGAAAUUUGUUAUUAAGGAAGUGGCGGGUCCCGUUAUAUGUUCCUUUGGUCUUGCUCUCGCGGUCCCUUACGCCAUCGCUUACGGGAUAGUUCCGCUUCUCGUAACGAAUCUGCAGACACAGAUUCUCAUCGCCAGACGUCUGUAUCCUUUUCUUCUUUUGGUGAAUCUGUGCGUUGUACUCGUCUACUUUCAGAUACGCCAAUUCAGGAGAUUAUACGAGCACAUUAAGAACGACAAAUAUCUCGUUGGACAAAGGCUCGUGAAUUACGAACAUCGCAGCAAAUCGCAGCAGUCGCAGAGAUCAAGCUAACGGCGUCAUUAGACGUGAAUAUCACGAAUGGAGAAGACGAAUUAAGAUUAGCUUCGUGUACAUUCUUUAACAACUAUGAUGAUUGAUAAUUUAUAUUUUAGUCUUGCUCUUAUUUUUAAUAUUAUAAUUUAUUGAUGUAAAAGCGAUACCUCGAAUAAAUCGAAGAGACUGUUA